CUCGCGUUGCAAGAUUCCUUUACUGGGAAAAAAAUAUGUGUGUACAGUGAAUUAUUUUCGGAAUGUGGGAUUAAGUUUAUUUAUUUUGCAUUUUAGACACAUAUGUGGUGCUUUAUAAAUGAUCAAUCCAGUGUUUAUUUAAGUGGUCUUCCCUUGUCAAACCUGUUCGACGCUAAAUGCUUCCUUCUCGAUUCCAACUUCCUGCUUGAUGCGUUCAAAUGUUCCUCACUGAAUACACAUGAGGGAUUAAACCAGCGUCACCAACGCUGAUUUUGCACCAUGGACCCGGAUCCUACGGACAGGCUGCGAGAGAUUUUACGGAGUGUGGAAUUGGAACAGUUUUAUUUACCAAUCAGGGAGCAACUUCAUCUAACAAGAUUGAGUCACUUUGAUCAUGUACGUGAGGAUGAUUUGGAACAAAUUGGCAUAGCUAAGCCUGCAGCGCGCAGGUUACUAGAAGCAGUAAGAAGAAGGAAGAUUCAGAAGAUUUGGAAUAAAAUAUUUGGGACUACUAAAAAGGAAAAAGCUGGUUUAGCUCCUGUGACACCCACAGUAGCCGUAGGAAGAUCAACAUGUAUUAUAUUAGAACAAGAUAUUACGCUCCAGAGUGAAUUAGGAAGGGGCUCAUUUGGUGUAGUUAGAAAAGGAGAAUGGCGAAUGCCGGACUCCGGAAAGACUGUUGCAGUAGCUGUCAAAGUUUUGAGAAAUGAUGUCUUUUCUCUAACUGGCCUGUACGAUGACUUCAGGCGAGAAGUGGAAGCUAUGCAUCAGUUGAAUCAUAACAAUCUAAUUAAAUUGCAUGGUGUGGUGUUCCAUCCAUUGAUGAUGGUGUGCGAGUUGGCCCCAAUGGGUGCUUUACUAGACUACAUAAGAGCCCAAAAUGGUAGAAUCUCACUGAAGUAUGUAUCAAAAUGGUCAGAGCAAGUGGCAGGAGGCAUGGCAUAUUUAGAAAAAAGUCGAUUUUUACAUAGAGACUUGGCCUGUAGAAAUAUUUUGCUCAGCAGACUAGAUCUGGUAAAAAUCGGCGACUUCGGAUUAACGCGAACACUAUCUGACGCCGACGAGUUUUACGUGAUGAGCGAAAGACGAAAGGUCCCAUUUCCUUGGUGUGCACCCGAGUCACUACGGCUUAAACAGUUCUCGCACGCCUCCGAUGUGUGGAUGUUUGCUGUGGCCCUGUGGGAAAUGUAUUCCUUUGGCGAGGAGCCAUGGAUUGAUUUAAACGGAACGGAAAUACUACGACGGAUAAAAGACGGGCAACGCCUAGCGGCGCCAGCAGCCUGCCCACCAGACGUUUACACGCUCAUGAUGCUAUGUUGGAACCUGGAGCCCAAGAAGAGGCCUACCUUCGAAGGCAUCCUGCGGUACAUCCAGGGGAAUAAGCUUGAGACCGCCAUAGCUGCGCUAAGUUAUCAUAAACAAGGCCAGAUGACGGUGGAGGUGGGGGACGCGAUCGUGCUGAUAGACAGGCGAUCGCAACAGCACUGGUGGAAGGGGCAGAACCAGAGGACUAUGGAUGUGGGAUUGUUCCCUAGUACGAUCUUGAAAAGAAUUAAAAGCAAAACAGUACCGGGGACGACCAUAAAGACAUCGCCGUCAAAUAAAGCUCAAAGCGCAACAUCGCCGUUCGCAUCAGACGACUCGGCAGUGGUACUACGAAACAAGCGACAAACGAUCGAGUCGAGACAACCGCCGAGCACACGGGCAGCGAACGCCGGCAGCAAACAGUACUACUACAACAAGCUGACCAAUGAUCGCCCGUUAGCGUUGGAGAAGUUAGAGCGAGCGGUGCAUUCCAAGAGUUUGUCCCAAGUGAGAACAGACCUCCUGAUCGACUUGGACAUGCCGCCGGCGACGCGGAUGAGCGUGCCCGCCUCCGCGAUCUCGAACAUCCUCUCUAUAUUGGACGAGCCUAUUGAUGUGCCUGAAGCCAAUCGAUUAGCAGACUGGGGUGAGCCAAGCACAGACAGUCUACCGAGCUUCUCACAAUCCCCCCGAACCCAAAGCGCGAAUCUCUCCGGAGCCAAAUCUCUAGAUAACCUAUCUGUGUCUCAGUCACUAAGUGAACCGGACCCUUUCGACACUUCCCAAUGCUGGACCGCCACACCGCCGACUCAAACACGACCGAACUAUAAUUUACAAGGUGAAUUCAGUACUGUACACACUCAGGAAUCUCAUAAAUACUCGAAUAAUUAUACAUCAUCUACUAGUUCUACCGUAGAAAAUAUUUAUAACAACACACCCGCCUAUCAGAGUAGCUCUAGUUUAGUUCCUAAUACCGGCAGCGCGACGCUUCCAAAUAAUUCUAGUUAUAAUCGAUAUGGAGCUGUCCCCAAUAAUUAUAACUAUGGAACGGCUCCAAAGUCGAGUGCCAACUAUGGUGUGCUUCCUAACAAUACUGCUAUACCUAACGGGCUGCACUCGCAUAGUUCAAACGUAGCCCCCUACGGAUUGCCACCAAAUAAUACGUAUUCAAACACGUUAUCAGAGGAGAAUGCUUCCGCCGAGGCUCUAAGAGACAUAUCCCUAGAUGAUAAAAUCUCAGAAUCCCUCAAUCUUAGAUCGAAAAACACAAACAGCGAAAAAAUUUACGCAAUUCACAAUGUGAAUGAUGGUCCGUCGACGUCAGCCGCGCCUGCCUACGGGAACUACGCCAAUCCCGCACAGCAGCAGUUUAUCUCAAAACCCGAAGAAUUUUAUUCAAAACUUACAAGCAACUAUGACAAGAACACCUUUGUACCCGAAAACGAGGACGAAAAUGAGAAACUGCAAAAAUUCUGCGAAUCUGAUAACACCAAUAAUUAUUUCGAUGGGAAAUACAAUUAUUCAUUGUAUUCGGGUGACAGUUUCAGCAGCGAUUCGACGUCGCACGGUAAUGAUAGUCAUGCCGACGACGUGCCGAAUGACGCCUCCAAUAACAUCUACUCAGAGAUCGGCGACACGGUUUAUAGCAAUGCACGAUUUUAUGACGUGGUGCAUGAAACUUCUCCGCCGCGGCCGCACCGCCCGGCCCCGCCUUGCCCUUUCCAACCGAAAUAGACUUUUGGAAUCUUUAGAUAGUCUCAUUAA